AUGGCUCCCCCUUGGCCCCCCAACGGGACGUGGCCGGGGGCGGCGGAGCAAGCGGGUUCGGGGGGCAACGGCACCAAUUGCUCUGGGACGGAAAGCAGCCUCAGCCGGCAGGGGGCGCUCGGAGCUGCCCUCAGCCUGGCUGUACUGGUGACGGUAGCCGGCAACCUGCUGGUGGUGGUGGCCAUUGCUAAGACCCCCCGCCUGCAGACCAUGACCAACAUCUUCAUCACUUCCCUAGCCUGUGCCGACCUCAUCAUGGGGCUUUUGGUGGUGCCUCCAGGGGCCACCCUGGUCCUGAGCGGCCACUGGUUAUAUGGCACUACUCUCUGUGAGCUGUGGACCUCGCUGGAUGUGCUGUGUGUGACGGCCAGCAUCGAGACCUUGUGUGUCAUUGCGGUGGACCGAUACCUGGCUAUCACAGCCCCGCUGAAGUAUGAGAUGCUAAUGACCAAGAACCGAGCACGGGGAGUGGUGUGCCUGGUGUGGGCUGUGGCUGCCUUCAUCUCCUUCUUGCCCAUCAUGAACCACUGGUGGAGGGAUGGGGCGGAUGUGGAAGCCCUGCGCUGUUACAAGGAUCCUCUAUGCUGUGACUUUGUCACCAACAUGCCCUAUGCCAUCUUGUCUUCCAUCAUCUCUUUCUACGUGCCUCUGUUGGUCAUGAUUUUUGUCUAUGCCCGGGUCUUUGCCAUUGCGACCAGGCAACUUCAUGUCAUUGAAAAGGACAAGGGGAGGUUCCUUCAGGAUUCAUCCAAGGGUUUCCGACGAAGGAGGCCCUCCCGUCUCCUGCUUGCCAUCAAAGAGCACAAAGCCCUGAAGACUUUGGGCAUCAUCAUUGGUGUCUUCACUCUCUGUUGGUUGCCCUUCUUUGUGGCCAACAUCAUCAAGGUCUUUGCAAGAUCCAUCGUCCCUGAUCCACUUUUUCGCUUCUUCAACUGGCUGGGCUAUGUCAACUCAGCUUUCAACCCCAUCAUUUACUGCCGCAGUCCUGACUUCAGGUGUGCCUUCAAAAAACUCUUGAGUUGCCCAAGGAGAACUGAUUCCCAGUUUCAUGCUUUCUCCAAGGAUCUGCAGAGAUGCCUCUGUGCCUUCAGCUCUGGGGAGAGCAAGUCGAUUGCUACAGUUUCCAGAGAGGAGGAAGAAGAGGAGGACUUGGCCACUGGUAGCACUAGCAGUGGCUCAAGUAACAGGACCGAGGAUAAAAAGCAUUUGUAUCUGCCCAACAAUGGGCACAGUUUUACACAGCGUCCCCUGGGGGAAACUCAGCUCCAAGGCACCCAGAUUACUUUGUGUCCACAGCUGGAAGAGUAG